AUGCCUCUUCAUCUAUUGGGUAAAAAGUCCUGGAAUGUCUAUAAUAAAGAUAACAUCGAGAAAGUCAGGCGCGAUGAAGCUGUUGCGAAGGCCAAAGAGGAGGCGGAGGAGCAACAGAUGCAAGAGUUAGAUGCAGAGCGUCGGAUGCAAAUCUUACGAGGGGAGAUACCUACACCCCUACCUUUAGAGGAUAAACCAGAAGAGGACGAAGGUCCGCGAGAAAGACGUUCUCAUGGUUCUAGCGAAGAACGCAAGAGGAAGCCUAGGAAGAGAAGUGGGGAAAACGACACUGAUUUCGAGAUGCGCAUUGCAGCUCAAGGUACACAGUCUUCGAAAGAUGAACGCCAACUUAUUUUACGAAAAUCCGCAGAUGGGCCAUUAGUUGAUCAUGCCGGAAAUAUUGAUUUAUUCCCGCAAGAACAUUCACACAAGCCUCGAGUCGAGAAGAAUGCAGAGGCAGAGAAGGAAAAAGAGAAGAAAAAGAAAGAAUUUGAGGAUCAAUAUACAAUGCGAUUCUCGAACGCGGCGGGUCUGAAACAAGGUCUCGACAAUCCGUGGUAUUCGAAGGCAAGGACAGAGAUCAAAGCCAUUGAUGAAGAUAUUCCAGGAACAAUGGAUGAAGGAGAAAGAGAGAGAGGUAAGGGAACUGGAGGCAGAGGAGCGAAGGAAUAA